AUGGGCAGCACCAAGCGACGUCGUCAGCAGCGGAUCAAGAACGUAGGCACGGACGUAGAGGAGAGUAUCCAGCGAGAUGCAGAGGACAAGAAGCUUAAGCACGUGAAUGCUGAGCAGAUUUUCCAGGUGGAUUGUAAGGGCGGCGACGUACCUGCUUCACUGACCAAGAAGCAGAAGCUCGAGAAGCUGCAAAAGGAUCCUUUGUUAGCUAGCUCACGCAAGUUUGACGCUACCAAGCUGAAUAAAGGUGAGAUUAUGGCUAUUAAGAAGUUGAAGCAGAUGAACUCGAUAGUGCUGAAACGGAAGCAACGGAAGAAAAAAACGAAGGGACUGUGGGGUCAGGACGGUAAUGUCAAGGACGACGAACUAAACCAGCAGCUUGACGAGUACGUGGCUCCUGUGGUGGUUACUAAGACCAAGCGUCGUAAACUUAUGGCCUCAACAAAGUACAAGGUGCCGAAGGUUGAGGUAGCAGCUGCUGGGCAGUCGUACCACCCGGAUUUUGACACACACCAAGAUGUUAUGGCGGAGGCCGUUGCGAAGGAGCUGGAACGUCAGGAUAGAACUGCUAAGCUGCAGGAGCCCGUGGCCGAUGGUAUGUCGGAGGAUACACUGCAAUACAUUAAGCAGGAGUCGUCGGACUCGGAGGCGGAGUCCAGCGACUCGGGGGAUGAGAAUGGCGCGACCAAGAAGAUACGCAAGGUGCCCGAGAAGGUGACACGUGCUCAGCGCAAUAAGCGCUCAAGACACAAGCAGAUGAAGUUGAAGCAUCAAUUGCGACGUGGCGAGAAGACAAUCAUUAAGCAGAUCAACGCCUCCAAUCACAUUCUUCAGGACAUCGUAAAGAGCGAAAAAGAAGCGGCUAAAAAGCUGGAACUGAAGAAGCUCCAGCUGGAGCAAAAGUUGCAGGACGAGCCGCCCGUGCGUGUGGCUGGGAAGUAUACCAAAUUGGACCGAAUGACGCCGGUCUCGUUCUCCGAGGAGCUCACAGGCAAUUUUCGAACGCUGAAGCCGAAGGGCAAUCCUCUACUGGAUCGUUUCGAUAGUCUACACAAGCGCAACCAGAUCGAAAUUGGUCACCCAAAGAAAACUCGCAAGGCUAAGAUGAAGAUCAUCGAGGUCAAAAAAUAA